ACAAGCAUACGAAAACAAAUACAUAAAGUUUUGUCGUUUUUAUGAAAAACAUUCAAGUAAUUUUUAUUUUUAUUUUAUUUCCAUAUUAGAUAAGGUCAUAAUAAACGGUCAAUGACCACGUAGUAAUAUUUUUAAAUUAAAUGUAGUGUGUGCUUCAUUGAAAUACCAAAAUUUUCAUUUGCCAAUUGGCAAAAUUUGAAAUUUGCAUAAUUAACAAAAAACAUAUUAAAAAAAAAUGAGUGGAAAUCUGCGAAAAGAGGUACUUAAAAUAUUUAAAAUAUUACAUAGGACACGAUUGAAUACGUUUCAAAACGAUGAUCACGCACUACAAGUUGUGAGAAAUAAGAUAAAUGACGAAUACAGAAAGAAUAUGAAUAUAGGAGAUGUUGAACAGAUUAAAAAGUUGAACGAAACUGCUUUAGCCGUGGAAAAAGAAGUCAGAACUAGAAUAAUACAAGCAGUUGAAAAAGAGCCAGGAAAAUACGAAGUUCGAAUAAAAAGUGAUAAUUUAGUUGACAAUACUGCAGUGCCCGAUCCAACAGCUUUUAGUUGCAAUUUAUCUACUAAAACUUGUAAUAGUCCUCCAGCAAAAAAAGAACUUUAAUAUCCAUCCAGUGGGAUUAUGUAAUAUUUCAAGUUACCUUAAGUGCACCGCAGACUUCGACAGCUUCGCAAUCUUCUACCACAACGACCCUGAAAUCUGAUGUUUGAAUGAUGUCCCUGAGUAGUGGUGCCAGACGUUUAUCUUUGCAAC